AUAUGACGUCGGUUUCGGUCAUGACCUAUGCACAGGACUCCAUAGCUGUAACUUCUACCAGAUGAACGACAUCACACAAUGAGAAAGGUCUUGGUGAUCGGAGGCACUGGUGCUCAGGGAGUACCCGUUGUCAAAGCUCUAGCUACAGGCUCCGAAUAUGCCGUUCGUGUGAUAACCAGAAACACCCAGUCGAAGGAGGCGCAGACGCUGGCACAUCUCCCCCGGGUGACGGUCUUCCAGGGCAAUCCGUACGACGAGCUCACGCUGCGCCAGGCUCUCAUGGGGAUCGACUGUGUGUUUGUGAACACCAACGGGUUUGCAAUCGGCGAGAAAGCUGAGAUCUACUGGGGUAUCCGGCUGUACGAGCUGGCUCGGGAGUUCCGUCUACAGCACUUCAUCUACGCCGGGCUCGAGUACGGGUCGAAGCUGGGCGGCUUCGAUCCAAAAUACCGCUGCGGCCAUCUCGACGGCAAGGGAAAGGUGAUCGACUAUCUCUCCGCUCAACCUACGAGCCCGAUGGCGUGGUCGGCGCUGACGUCCUGUAUGUACAUCGAGGCGUUGGCGGAAUUCCUACGGCCCUUUCCCCAUCCAGACGACCCAAGUACAUUCGUUUUUGCUGCACCGCUUGGAGCAGGCAAAUGCCCGCUCAUCUUCCUGGAAGACUACGGGGCGUAUGCGCGGUGGAUGUUGGACAACCCGGCGCAGAGCAAUGGACUGAACCUGCACGUCGCCACGGAAGACAUAGGGUGGGAGGAGCUGGCCACAGUCUUCAGUGAAGUGACGGGGCAGAAGGCGAUUUAUCACGAUCUCGGCUUGGACGAGUACUUCCAGCGUGGGGUCUUGGAUCCUGACGCCAAGGUCGGCCAUUCGACAGACCCGAAUGACUCGACUUUGCAAACCUACCGAGAGAACUUCACAGGCUUCUGGAACACCUGGAAGGACGAACUGUCGCACAGAGACUACGCCCUGCUGGAUCGCAUCUUACCCGGUCGUGUCAAGACGGUUAAGCAGUGGAUGGAGCUGACGGGGUACUCGGGGAAGCCUGCGCCGGUUCUGAAGGACUACCGGGAUAGGGCGCAGUGAGCAUUACUGUAGGCAAUGAUGGAGUGAUUAUGACCGAGGGAAAAGUGUUACACACUGGUAUACAGAAUGGUAUAUUCCUGAU